AUGCUGAAAGGUGCAGAUGAUGUUGUUAUGGAGCAGGAGGACUCUGCUUCCCGACAUGGAGAAAUGACAAGUUGGGAUAUCAAUGACAUCAAACUUCCCCAGGACGUGAGACAGAUAGACUGGUUUCAAGAAUGGCCAGAUUCCUACGUAAAACAUAUCUAUAGCUCAGAGGAUAAAAAUGCUCAGAGGCACCACAGCAGCUGGGCAAUGAGAAACACCAACAACCACAACUCUCGCAUCUUAAAAAAGUCCUGCCUCGGGGUGGUGGUCUGCAGUAACGACUGCUCCACCUUGGAUGGGAGGAAGAUCUACCUAAGACCAGCCAUAUGUGAUAAAGCUAGGCAAAAACAACAGCGGAAAUGCUGUCCAAACUGCAAUGGACCCCUGCGGCUCCUUUCCUGCCGAGGCCAUGGUGGUUACCCAGUUACCAACUUCUGGAGGCAUGAAGGCCAAUUCAUAUUUUUUCAGUCCAAAGGAGCUCAUGACCAUCCACGUCCAGAGACAAAACUAGAAGCAGAAGCAAGAAGAUCAAUCCAAAAAGCACAGACAGCUUUUUCUCCAUCUUCUCCAAGAUUAAAAAGAAUCCGGGAGAUUGAGUCUCUGACAGGUGCAAUGCCGACGCAGGAGGCUUUGUCUUUGCUUCUUUCCAAGCCGGACACUUACACGCUACCUGCUAAUUUCGGGGGACAUUUAAGCAAAAGCUCCCGGGAGCCGACACUGGGCAGCUGCUCUGGGCGGCCGCCACACCCAAGGGCAUCUGGGGAGGACAGGGGCUCUGGAGAGGCACGGACCUGGAGCAGGAGCCCGGCCCUCGGGAGGACCCCCAGCACCGGGAGGCCUUGCAGCGGCCCUGCUGUCCCCGCGGCCCACCCGCCCUGCGCAGCGCCUUCCCCCCAGCACCGCACCCACGCCGGCACCCAUGCCGACCUGCCCGUGACAAAGGCUGGCCACGACCCCUUCAGGCCUAACGCUGGCCCUCUGGGGGGUGAAUCCUGCGAGGAGAAAUCCCCGCUGGCCUACAGCGGCAGCUGCCUCCCUCCGCCGCCCUACCCUGCGCCUCAGGGAGGCCCCUGCCCCAUGGCGAGUGGGGCACACCACCACCGCCAGUUCUCGGUGCCCCUGAGGGGAAGCGAAGGAGAUGGGGGCGAGGGAGGGCGCUGUCUGGGUCUCAACUACUGCAACGACGAUAUGUUUUUUAACCUGUACCCAUUACGGUGA